CCGUCCCUCACCGAAAUGACGGAGAAAGCUCUCGACAUCCUUAGCCGCAGCACUGAAGACGAAGCAAAGGGCUUCUUCAUCAUGAUCGAAGCAUCGCGCAUAGACCACGCCUCUCACGCAAACGACGCCGCCGCCCACAUCUGGGACGUGGUCGAGUACAACCGCCUCAUUCAUUCCGUCAUGGCCUGGGUCGACGAGCACCCGGACACGGCGGUCGUCUCUGCCGCCGACCACGAGACGGGAGGUAUCACCCUGCCGCCGGGGUACGAUCCCCGUCCGGUGGGGCGGGCGAACCACUCGCUCGAGUUUCUGGUCGAUCUGAUCGACGAGUGUGAAGGGGACAUGGACGACAAGCGGGCGUACCUCGAAGCGGAGAUCUUGCCCCAGUACGGCGUGGAUGAUGCUACGGGCGAGGAAAUCGGGGCCCUUUUGGACGCUGAGGAUGUUACGGCUGCUCUCGCCGCUACGUUGAAUGAGAGGAUUGGUGUCGAGUGGUCUACGACCGACCACUCGGCUGUCGAUGUAGUACUGUAUGCUUAUGCGGCGGGGGAGAUGAAGACUCGGUUGUUGGAAGACCUUGCCGGGACGAAGGAAAAUGUGCAGCUUCCUCGGUAUGUCGCCGAGGCCUUGGGGGUGAGUUUGGAUGAGGUCACGGCGUUGUUGAGGGGAAAUGGGACUGUGUGA